CUUCCGGUCCCUCUUCCGGAGGCCUGAGUUUCCGGGACGUGCGCGCCGUGUGGGGCGCGCACGCAGGGCUGGGCGUGAGGGGGCGUGCGCGUGCGCAGGCGACGCGCCGAGGGACUAGGCAGAGCCGUGGAACCGCCGCCAGGUCGCUGUUGGUCCACGCCGCCCGUCGCGCUGCCCGCCCGCUCAGCGUCCGCCGCCGCCAUGGGAGUGCAGGUGGAAACCAUCUCCCCAGGAGACGGGCGCACCUUCCCCAAGCGCGGCCAGACCUGCGUGGUGCACUACACCGGGAUGCUUGAAGAUGGAAAGAAAUUUGAUUCCUCCCGGGACAGAAACAAGCCCUUUAAGUUUAUGCUAGGCAAGCAGGAGGUGAUCCGAGGCUGGGAAGAAGGGGUUGCCCAGAUGAGUGUGGGUCAGAGAGCCAAACUGACUAUAUCUCCAGAUUAUGCCUAUGGUGCCACUGGGCACCCAGGCAUCAUCCCACCACAUGCCACUCUCGUCUUCGAUGUGGAGCUUCUAAAACUGGAAUGACAGGAAUGGCCUCCUCCCUCAGCUCCCUGUUCUUGGAUCUGCCAUGGAGGGAUCUGGUGCCUCCAGACGUGUGCACAUGAAUCCAUAUGGAGCUUUUCCUGAUGUUCCACUCCACUUUGUAUAGACGUCUGCCCUGACUGAAUGUGUUCUGUCACUCAGCUUUGCUUCCGACACCUCUGUUUCCUCUUCCCGUUUCUCCUCGUAUGUGUGUUUACCUAAACUAUAUGCCAUAAACCUCAAGUUAUUCAUUUUAUUUUGUUUUCAUUUUGGGGUGAAGAUUCAGUUUCAGUCUUUUGGAUAUAGGUUUCCAAUUAAGUACAUGGUCAAGUAUUAACAGCACAAGUGGUAGGUUAACGUUAGAAUAGGAAUUGGUGUUGGGGGGGGGGUUGCAAGAAUAUUUUAUUUUAAUUUUUUGGAUGAAAUUUUUAUCUAUUAUAUAUUAAACAUUCUUGCUGCUGCGCUGCAAAGCCAUAGCAGAUUUGAGGCGCUGUUGAGGACUGAAUUAUUCUCCAAGUUGAGAAAUGUCUUUGGGUUAAAUUAAAAGCCCUACCUAAAACUGAGGUGGGGAUGGGGAGAGCCUUUGCCUCCACCAUUCCCACCCACCCUCCCCUUAAACCCUCUGCCUUUGAAAGUAGAUCAUGUUCACUGCAAUGCUGGACACUACAGGUAUCUGUCCCUGGGCCAGCAGGGACCUCUGAAGCCUUCUUUGUGGCCUUUUUUUUUUUUUCAUCCUGUGGUUUUUCUAAUGGACUUUCAGGAAUUUUGUAAUCUCAUAACUUUCCAAGCUCCACCACUUCCUAAAUCUUAAGAACUUUAAUUGACAGUUUCAAUUGAAGGUGCUGUUUGUAGACUUAACACCCAGUGAAAGCCCAGCCAUCAUGACAAAUCCUUGAAUGUUCUCUUAAGAAAAUGAUGCUGGUCAUCGCAGCUUCAGCAUCUCCUGUUUUUUGAUGCUUGGCUCCCUCUGCUGAUCUCAGUUUCCUGGCUUUUCCUCCCUCAGCCCCUUCUCACCCCUUUGCUGUCCUGUGUAGUGAUUUGGUGAGAAAUCGUUGCUGCACCCUUCCCCCAGCACCAUUUAUGAGUCUCAAGUUUUAUUAUUGCAAUAAAAGUGCUUUAUGCCGGCUUUUCUCA